AUGUCCGAUAUUCAGAACCGGUCCUCCGCCUCGCGGGGUAGAGUAUCCGCCCGUGGUGGCCGUGGCGGUUUCAGCUCCAGAGGUGGUCGUGGUGGAAACAGAUCUGCAAAUGACAACUCAGACAUCUCAUCCUUUGAAGAGGGUGAAAUUGGACAGAUGAAGAAGAAGUACUCCGACACUAUCCCAACUCUUAAGGAAAUGUUCCCAGACUGGAAGGACGAAGAUCUGGUGUUCGCACUGGAAGACUCGAACGGCGAGCUCUUGGAGGCAAUUGAGCGCAUUAGUGAAGGUAAUGUAUCUCAGUGGGGUGAGGUCAAGAAGAAGACCACAGACCGGACUCGCCCUAAGCCCAAGGAGGCUCCGAGUACCUCGACCGAGACAACUGCAGCUUCCGCUCGUGGAACCCGUGGUCGCGGUGGAAUAGAGGGUCGUGGACGUGUUCGCGCAGACCGGGGCCGUGGCGGUCGCGGAGGCCGUGCAGGUGCGGCUACAAAUGGAACUCGCGCAGUGUCCACUGCUGUAGAUUCUCCGGCGCCUACUGCUAUUCCUGCUAUCACAUCGGAGUGGGCUGCGCCCAAGGCAGAGGAGACUGUUGCAGAGCCUACAACCGAAGGUGAAUGGGAGUCGACCGAGCCUAAGAGCAGUGUGAUUCCUGAGGGCACAAAGAAGGGGUGGGCGAGCCUUUUCGCCAAACCACCCGCUCCUCCGGUGCAAAAGAAGCCCCAAGCCGCUCCCCCUGUUCCCGUCGCCGAGAAGCCCGCCGAGCCUGUCGCCGAGCCAUCUCCUCCCGCCCCCGCUCCUGAACCUGUGACGGCGCCCGCUGCCUCCCAGAAGACACCCGUCGCCAAGCCCACCCACCCCGUGAUCCCUGCUAUUCCGACCACCGCUGUUAACCCUCCUAAGGGCGAUUUGACCGAGACAAACCUCGAACAAAUUCCCGAUGUAUCCGCUCCUGCUCCCACCGCCACCGCCGCAAGCACCAUUGGCAGUGGUAUCGACCCCGCGGCUGUGACCGCAGCUGCUACUCCCUCCCGCUUCCCCUCGUCUGCCUACCCUCCCAGCGCUACCAAGCAGGGCCGUACCCCAGGUCUUCAACGCCGUGUUAUGGAACAGCAGCAGGCUGUGGUUAUGCCCGGCAACCAUGCAGUGGACCGUGCUGCCGUUCAGUUCGGUAGCAUGGGACUGAACGGUGACGCUAUCGAUAUCGAUGAGAACCGCGAGGAGGCCGAGACCCGCGCUCAGCCCCCCCAGCACUCCCCCGUUGCGCCCCGUGCCUCUCUUCCACCCGCGACCCAGGCACCGCACUCAAUGGAGUCUGGUGCCGCUGGGCGUCCUGCUCCUGGUUUGCCUCCGGUUCCCCAGGGCGCUUCCGCCGACUCGUUUACCGACUUCGCUCGUUACUCUGAGCCCCAGCAGAAGCCAUUCGAUCCCUUCACCCAACAGGUGAGCCAGCCGCAGCCGCAGAUCCCAGAGCCAUUUGCCAACCAGGCCCCUGCUCAGCCCACUGCCACCACCGGCAGCGAGUACUCUCCUUUCUACGCUGCCGAGCAGCAGCGUUUCCCCUACUACGCCUCCUAUGGCUCUUACGGCCAGUCCCAGGAUGCCCCCACCGGUCCUCGCGCCGGAGCUGGGUUUGGUGUCUCUGGUGCUGAGGCCCAGGCUCAGAUCCCCACCACGCAGCCUCCCAACCGCUACGGCCCUGUUGACGCUACUAACAGCGGACACAACACUCCCAACCCCACCGUCCCUGGCGCCACUCAGCAGACCCCCACUGCUCAGCAUAUGCCUGGCCAAAGUGCGCAGCAGCACGCCUAUGGCUACCAAUACCCUAACUACUACAACAACCCCCACUACGCUUCUUACAUGAACCAGAUGGGCCAGCAGCAGCAGCAACAGCAGCAGCAGCAGUACGGUGGCGGUAACCGCCCGAGGUACGAUGAUGCUCGCCGGUAUGAAGAUCACUACAUGCAGCAGCAACAGCAGCAGCAUAACCAGCAAUACGGCUAUGGUAGCCAGUAUGGUCCCUACGCCGGUAAGGGUGGUAUGUACGGCCAGCCCCACGGCGCUUUCUCUUAUGACCAGCAAUCGUCCUCCCCCGCAAACACCGGUAGCUUCAGCCAGGCCAUGCCCAGCCGGGAUUCAGUCUACGGCCGCACUGGCUCUGCCCAGCAGUCUGACAACCAGUCUGCUACUGGCGCCAAUGCCUUUGGUACUGGGAUGUCCGAUGUUUUCAGCCGUUCCCAGGGCAGCUUUGGCCAAAACCCUCCUAUCGCCGGACAGCCCCCCGUUGCCACCGACGAGGCCAAGGGCUUUGAAGCCCCCAAGGCCGGCGGUCCCAGCCCCUCCCUCGCCCAGAACCGUCCGGGAUCUGCUACCAACAGCGUCCCCGGCCAGCCCCAGGCACAGACUGGUCUUCCCCCGCUCCAGGGCCAGCAGGGUCAGCAGUCCUUCGGCAGCUACCCUCAGCUGAACCCCCAGUACGGUGGACUCGGUGGACUUGGUCACCAGGGUGCGGCCACCCAGACUCACCAGGCCUCUGGCUAUGGUAACAACUACGGUGGAGGCUUCGGCAACUACUAUGGAAACUCUGGCCGUGGCGGCUGGGGUGGCAACUACGGCCACUAA